AUGCGCUCCGCCGCUGUCCUGGCGCUUCUGCUCUGCGCCGGGCAAGCCAUUGCCCUCCCUGUGAACAGUCUGAUGAAUAAAGGGGACACCGAGGUGAUGAAGUGUAUCGUGGAGGUCAUCUCUGACACACUUUCCAAGCCCAGCCCCAUGCCUGUCAGCCAGGAGUGUUUCGAGACCCUCCAAGGAGAUGAACGGAUCCUUUCCAUCCUACGACACCAGAAUUUACUGAAGGAGCUCCAGGACCUAGCCCUCCAAGGUGCCAAGGAGAGGGCCCAUCAGCAGAAGGAGCAUGGUGGAUUUGAGAAUGAAUUCUCAGAGGUUCUUGAGAACGAGAGUGACAAGGCCGAGCAGAAGGAGGUGCCGGGAGAGGCAUCCCCCAAGGAGGCUGUGGAGAAAAGAGACCACUCAAACGAGGCAGAGAACCAUGGUGACAUCACAGAGGGAGCCAGGCCCCGGGCCUCCCUGGCACCGAGAGAGGGGUCUGAGAUGGAGAACACCCCAGCCCCUGGGGGGGAGGAGGACAUAAACACCCACCCCCCUGCUAGUCUUCCUGGCCAGAAACAUGCAGGCCCUGAGAGCCCAGCACGGGACCUGGUGGGCACAGAGAAAGGCCUGGACACGGAGAAAGGGCAACCAGCAAAGAGUCCGGAGGAAGACGAGGAGCUGGAGACUGGGGAGAAGGCUGACUCUGAGGAAGAGAGCCCCACUUCCGCUGUGAACCCCCACACAAGCCUCAGCUACAAGGAGACCCCAAGGGGCAAAAGUCGGACCGAGGUCCUGACCACAGAAAGAACCAGAAAGACUGGGGCUGAAGAGGCUCCGCCCCCCAAGAAGCAGGGGGAGCAGGAGUACUCCCAGGAGUCGGAGGAGACAGUGGGGACCCCUGAAGGCCUCUUCCGAGGCUGGAAGAGUGGGGAGCAGGAGGAGCCGAUCCCCAAGGAGUGGGAGGGUGCCAAGCGCUGGAGCAAGAUGGAGCAGCUAGCCAAGGAGCUGACAGCCGAGAAACGGCAGGCCAGGGAGGACAUGAAGGAGGAGGAGGACCCAGACCGCUCCAUGAAGCUCUCCUUCCGGACCCGGGCCUAUGGGCUCAGGGCUCCUGGGUCACAGGUGCGCCGAGGCUGGCGCCCAUCCUCCGAGGAGGACAGCGUCGAGGCAGGCCUGCCUGUCCCGGGCCGCGGCUACUCAGAAGAGAAGAAGGAGGAAGAAGGCAGUGCCAACCGCAGACCAGAGGACCAGGAGCUGGAGAGCCUGUCAGCCAUCGAGGCAGAGCUGGAGAAGGUGGCCCACCAGUUGCAGGCGCUGCGGCGGGGCUGA